AUGGGUAUCCCCGCGGCUUUCCGAUGGCUCUCCAACAAAUACCCCAAGAUCAUCUCGCCAGUGAUCGAGGACAACCCUAUAGUCAUGGAUGAUGGCUCCACGAUUCCAGUUGAUACUACUAGACCUAACCCCAAUGGCGAGGAGUUUGACAAUCUCUACCUGGAUAUGAACGGUAUUGUUCAUCCGUGUUCUCAUCCCGAGGACAGACCUGCCCCCAAGGACGAGGAGGAGAUGAUGUUGGAAGUCUUCAAGUACACAGACCGUGUUGUAAAUAUGGUUCGCCCCAGGAAGCUCCUCAUGAUUGCAAUUGAUGGUGUUGCCCCCCGUGCCAAGAUGAACCAGCAGCGAUCUCGACGUUUCCGCUCCGCCCAAGAAGCCAAGGAGAAGGAGCUUGACAAGCAGGAACUGUAUAAGAUGAUCAAGCAGCAGAACGGUGGCGUUCUCCCCCAGGAGACGCUCGAGGCCAUGACCAAGAAGGCUUUUGACUCCAACUCGAUCACGCCCGGAACUCCCUUCAUGGAUAUCCUUGCUGCUAGUCUGAGAUACUGGUGUGCUUAUAAGCUCAACACCGACCCUGGUUGGGCAAAAAUGAAGAUCAUCAUCUCCGACGCUACUGUCCCUGGCGAAGGUGAGCACAAGAUCAUGAACUUUGUCCGGUCUCAGCGGACUUCCCCCGAGCAUGACCCCAACACGCGCCAUGUAAUCUACGGCUUGGAUGCCGACUUGAUCAUGUUGGGCCUGGCAACUCACGAGCCCCACUUCCGCGUUCUGCGCGAAGAUGUUUUCUUCCAAGAGGGAAAGGUCAGGACGUGUAGAAUGUGCGGUCAACCGGGCCAUGAAGCCAAGGACUGCCGUGGUCAAGCCGCGCCGAAAGAUGGCGAUCAAGUAGACAAGAAGCCCAUGCCGCUCAAGCCUUUCAUCUGGUUGCAUGUGUCAGCGCUGCGCGAGUACCUCGCGGUCGAGCUUGAGGUCCCUGGUUUGCCCUUCCGCUUUGACCUUGAGAGAGCCAUUGAUGACUGGGUGUUUAUGUGCUUUUUCGUUGGAAAUGACUUCUUGCCCCAUCUUCCGGCUCUUGAGAUCCGCGAGAACGGGAUCGACACCCUGACAGCUAUAUGGAGAGACAACCUCCCUACCAUGGGGGGCUACCUUACCCAGGAUGGGCACGUUGACCUAGCUCGAGUACAGUACAUCUUUGAGGGGUUGGCCAAACAGGAGGAUGCAAUCUUCCGCAAGAGAAAAGAGGUUGAAGAGCGAAGGGAGGCUAGUUUCAAGCGCCGCAAGCUAAACGAGCAGAGAAACGGCCGAAACGAUAACCGUAAUGGAGGCGGGAAUGGGUUUCCCCCAGGCCCGCCGAAAGCUCUGACUCAUGAUAUGAUUAUCAAUAGGCCUCCCGUUGAGGAUGCGAAUCUGGCAAACAAGAGUGCCGCAGCAAUCUUGAAGAGCCAAAUCCAAGGUCUCAUGGGCAAGGCAGGCUCGGCCGACGGAGCGAAUGCGGAAACUUCCCCUUCAGCAGCGGCAAAGCGCAAGGCAGACGUACUCGAGCAGGACGGAAGCGCCUCGGGUGCCGCCACCCCUUCAACGCCCAAGAACGAGCCCGCCGAGGAUACCGUGAGGCUUUGGGAGGAUGGCUAUGCUGAUAGGUAUUAUGAGCAAAAGUUUCAUGUCGACCCCAAGGACAUCGAGUUCCGGCACAAGGUCGCCCGAGCCUACACGGAAGGACUUGCUUGGGUCCUCAGGUACUACUUUCAGGGCUGCCCGUCCUGGGAGUGGUUCUACCCCUAUCAUUAUGCGCCGUUCGCCCAGGACUUUGUAGACCUUGGGAAAAUGGAGAUCAACUUCGAGAAGGGCAGGAUAUCGAGACCGUUUGAGCAGUUGCUCAGCGUACAGCCUGCAGCGUCGAAGCACGUCCUACCUUCGGAGUUCCACGAUCUCAUGACCAACCCCGACAGCGAGAUCAUCGACUUUUACCCAGAAGACUUUGAGGUCGACCUCAAUGGGAAGAAGAUGGCUUGGCAAGGUGUGGCUUUAUUGCCUUUCAUCGACAUGCCGCGUCUCUUAGCCGCCGCGGAGAAGAAGUAUCCCCUGUUGAGUCCUGAGGAUGCUUUACGCAACGGCGUUGGAAAGGAGGCACUUCUUCUGUCCGAGGCUAACCAGGAGUUGUAUGAUGUUAUCAUUACCAAUUUCUAUUCGAAGAAGCAAGGUGCGCCGAAGUACAAGAUCGACCCGCGCCUGGCUCAGGGCCUAUCCGGCAGGGUGGAGAAGCUGGAUGAGUAUCUCCCACAUGGGGCUUUGGAGUAUCCUCUGGGCAGUGAUAGCAUGCCAAAUGUCGACGAUGAUCGUUCAUUGACGGUGAACUACGAGAUGCCGACUACUACCCAUACUCACAAGUCCAUGCUCCUGAGGGGCGUUGAACUUCCCACGCCAGCCUUGACUCCCAGUGAUAAGGAUGAGCUUCGGGGCAAGUUAAGAAAUGCUGGGAGGAGCUACGGUGGCGCUCCUCUAGGCCGUGGCGGUUACGGAGACAAUCGCAGAGGAAGAAUCAACUAUGGGCCAGAUUCAGGUGGACGGGGUGGACGACAGAACGGGCCGCCGUCUUACAAUGGCAACCAGAACCACUACCCAGCACCCAACGGAUUUCCACCGGUGCCGCCCCCUGGCUGGGUGCCACCGCCACCGGGCUACCCAGGUUUCGGUGCUGGCUUACCGCCGCCUCCCCCCGUCCAUUAUAAUGGCGGGCAUGGCAACUUCGGAAACCAAGGCUAUCGACCUCCACCCCCGCCUCCGGGGUCACAAGGAGGUUAUGGCGGAUACAAUGGCCACUCGAACUCAGGCCCCCCGGGAAGGGAUCAGUAUAAUCGCAAUCAAAACCGCCGUCCUUACGACGAUAACCGUGGUUACAACGGUGGUCGGAAUCACAGAUAG